UCAUAAUGUCGUAAACACAUACUUUAUAAUAAUUUAGCCACUACUAUCAUUAAAUAUCGUUAUUGAAAUAUGUGACGAUUUAAAAUAUGUAUAUAACGAUUUUUUCUCCGGAAGAGGAACAAAUACGUGCAUUAUUACACGACCUUGUUAUUCUAUAGUAAUUGAGUCAUUUAACGACAUGUGUUUGUGUAAAAAUCAUGGUAAUUAGUUAAUGAAUGACGAUGGCAUAUCUUGAUAAAAAUAAUGAAACAUCUAAAGGUGCAAAAAUGAAGCAGGAUGAACAAUAUCAAAUUCCAAAGGACAAAAAUGUAACAAAGACUGGCUUAGAUAUAUUAUACACAUCUCAAGUAGAUCGCAAUGUAACUGAUGAAAAUCUAGAAAUGAAAAUAUUAUCAUUGAAACAUUUAUUAGAAAAAGAUCCAAAAGCUGCUGAUUUGAAAUGGUCUCUUUUCGUGGCAGCAUCUAAUACUUAUCGUUAUGACAGUUGUUUGAAGCCAUUUCCGCCUAUGUAUAUUAAGAAUGAAUGCAAGGAUAUUGAAGCUUUGAGGAGAGCUAUAGAGUCAGUACCUUCUUUACCUUUGAUAUACAAAGAACUUAAUGAAGCUAGCGUAUAUGAGAAUUAUAGUGAAAUGAUAGAAUUAUUAUAUUGGGUGUUGAUACGAUUAAGAGAUCCACACAUCAAGAGCGUGCAAAAAGAAAAUUAUGAUUCAAUAUUGAAGAAAGUGCCAUUGGAGAUGCCAGUUACACCUCCAAAUCUUAUAUUUCAAGUGGCAAGUGCAAAACAAUCUACAAUAGAAGAAAAAUGGAAAUCAAGUGCUACAAAUUAUUCGACGCUUUAUGCGUAUCAUGGCAGCCGUUUGGAAAAUUUCCAUUCCAUUGUGCAUUAUGGUUUACAACAAAAUAUGUGCAAAAGAUCACAAUUUGGCAAAGGAAUAUAUCUUUCAAGUGAAUUAGGAGUGAGUCUACCCUAUAGUCCUGUAGGUUAUGGAUGGGGAGGCAGUCUUCUUGGAAGUGAAAUAAGUUGUAUAGCUCUUUGUGAGCUUAUUGAUCAUCCUGAUAUAAAGAGAGGAGAUUCAAGAGAUAGUGCGCAAAAUAGAUUGAUUGAUUCCGUUGGUGGAAAAAUACCAGACAAAUAUUUCAUAGUAACAAAUAGUGAUUUAGUAAGGAUACGCUAUCUACUUGUUUAUACCCAAAAUCUCCAUACAACUAGUACUACUGACAAUUCAGGAUUACUGGCAUGGUUCAAGCAACAUAAAUUACUAACGUUUGUGCUCGGCUACGUCGUGCUGUUAGCUUCGGUUGGAUUAACACAGAAUAAACAAGUAGAGAAGUAUUACAGGUUAUUUAUCCAAAAAGCAGGAUUCGAAUAAAAAACUGAGCAUUGCAAUAUUGAUUUUGAAAUAAACAAAGAUUAUAAAUAUAUUCUCAAAAAAGGUUUUAUGUGCUAAUAUUUCCUUAAUAUUAAAGAAAGGAAUAUUUUUUAUCCUU